AUGAAUUUUCCCAAAAUUUCAAAUAUACCUUAUAAGCCUUAUAAGCGCUUCGAAGAACCACAUACAGAUUUCAAACAAAGAUAUCCGAUGAUUUAUUCAAUAUUUGCAGACGAUAUUAAUUAUCACGCGAUUCCUUGCAAAAUACCCGAACAACACGAUGAAAUUCCUAUCGAAACUGUUAUGGUGAAUGAAGAAAAACCGAUUUCUACUGGAUUUUCAUAUAAUCUUGGUUCCACAAUUGAUUCUACAAGCGGAUUCAAGUUUGAUGUUCCAAUUUCUUCAACUGCUUUUGCUACUAAACUCAGGCUCAAUAAUUUAUUGCGCGAAGAUAUUUGCAAUCUUCUUAUGAAACGUAAAAAUUUGGUUGACUUUAAGAGACUAAAACGAAGCCUCAAGAAAAGUCUUAAAAUUGUUAACAAGCCUGCUCAAGAAAAACCACGCUUUAAUUCAAACAGAGAAAGUUCGUAUAAAAAUGAUGAUCAAAACAACGACCAAUCAGAUCAGAAAAAUGCAAAAAGCUUCGAGAACAUGCCCAACGAUCAUUCAUACAAUGAUAAUAAUUCUCAACCUCGCAAACAAAAUUCGAACAAGCAAUUUAAUGCGAAUGGAAAAAAGCCUAACCAGAAAUCACAAUCGAAUCAAUCACAAAAAUCAAACAAUCAACAAAAUCAACAACAAAACCCGGUACCUCAGCAAAAUCAACAACAAAAUACAGCAUCUCAGCAAAAUCAACAACAAAAUACAGCAUCUCAACAAAAUCAACAACAAAAUCCGACAAAUCAACAAAAUCAGCAACAAAAUCCGACAAAUCAACAAAAUCAUCAACAAAAUUCAAUGCAAGGCCAACAACAGUCUUCUGGACAACAAAAUUUUCAGAAUGGGCCACCUCCACAAGGACAAAUACCUCCUCAGCAAAAACAAAAUCCAAAUUCUCAAAAUAGCCAGUAA